UAAAAAUCACAUGACCUAGCUACAGGACACCUUCGCGCUCUCUCCGCCUCCGUGCAGUCCGCACCGGGAGGUGACGCAGCGGCAGCAGAAGUGUCAGGUGUCCCGCAGGUUUCACAAAAGAAGCGACUCAACGGAAAUCCCCACAGAUCUGCAGGUAGCUGACAAAGAUGGAAAGUGGUUCAUUCAGUCGAAGGUCCUGGGUGACCCAGUCCUUGCGUAUCACGGCCAAGGAGCUCUCGCUGGUUGGUGGGCGAGGGACAUCCAAUGCUAUUGCAGAUCGCUUCUCCAGGUACCAGAAAGCUGCUGAAGAGUCAAGUGUAGAGAAGAAGAAAGGAUCCUUUGAAGGUGCUCCUUCCUCCUUACGCUCUGGCACUCUGAAUGCUCUGAAGAAACGCUGGGAGCAAGCAGGAAAUCUAAAUCAGGACAAGGCUUCUUCUGUUCCACCUCCAAGCCAGUCCAGCUUUCGCCGCAGGCCUCUUCCCCUGACCAGGCCUACUUCUGUCAGUGAGGACUGCCCUCCAGUUAAGAGUCCUGCCCCACUGACCGAUCACAGAGAUCAACCCACAGCCAGCCGAGUCCAGCAGUCGUCUGCAGCUCCAGAGGAUAAAGACCAGAGAGGGAUGGACAGGGAUGAGCUGACACACAGCAGAAGAGCUGAAAAGCAUGAAGAGCAGGUUCCAACCAGCCCCUGUGCCAUAUAUGAAAAGCCCAGAGUGCCUCUGAACAACCUGAAGAUGAAGUUUGAGAAGGGAGAAGACUCCAUGACUAAGAAUGGCAGGACAGUAUUGCGCAGUACUUCAUCAGAGGAUCAACCAAUCAGUCCGACUGUGUCAGACAGAGCGCUGGAGUCUUCAUCUCUGAAGGAGAAGAUGGCCAAAUACCAGGCUGCUCUUCAUAAAGAAGGGACCACCCGUUCUGGUCUGGCUUCAGAGAUGCCUGCUCCAAAAACAUCAGCUCCUGUACAUGAGAAACGCACACCCAACGAUGAGUGCAAUGGGGGGAGCACAGAGCAGCUGAGGGCACCCAGGAUGUUUUGUCCACCAGUGAGGGAGACGUGCAUUGCUUGUCUGAAGACAGUGUACCCACUGGAGAGACUUGUGGCUUAUCAGCAAGUUUAUCACAAAAGCUGCUUCCAAUGUUUUCACUGCAGCACAAAGCUUAGUCUGGGGAACUAUGCUUCUCUGCAUGGUAACAUUUACUGCAAGGCCCAUUUCAACCAGUUGUUCAAAACCAAAGGCAACUAUGAUGAAGGCUUCGGCCAUCGUCCUCAUAAAGAGCUGUGGGAACCACGAGCUGAUGGAGAUGAAAGUGAGGAAGUAGCAAAGCCAAAAGACCAGGAGCAACCAGCAAUUGUUAAACCUCCAGUGGAAAGCAUCUCUGACGUGCAACCAGCUGCAAAUGAGGAAACAUCUCCACAGGUUAAGGUGACAGACCUUGCUGCCUUAUUGGAGACCCGUGUGCAGACUCAUGGUAGCUCUGGAGAGAAACAUCAGUCUUCAGACAAGCCAGCUGAGACUCGCAAGCUAAGGGUCGCUUGGCCUCCUCAGGCUAGCGAUGGCCACAGUGGGACAGAAGCACUGAGUCCCGUCACAGAGGGGGCUCCUUCAAGCCGUCACCGUAGAGCCAAGUGGCCUCCAGAGGAUGAGGUAGCAUGUUCUUUCCAGAGCACAGAGCGGGCUGAACUAAAGAACCUGAGGAGGAGCGCAUCUCUAAAGGAGCGCAGUCGGCCUUUUACAAUUGCAGCUAAACCCAGUCCUGCAAGCAAUCAGGGUCCCAGGGAACUUCGUCGCCCUCUUAAGUCACUUCUGGAGUGGAGAGCAUCAUUUGAAGAAAAAAAUUCAACUGGAGAAGGACCCAAAGGAAGCAAUGGAGAGGUCCAGCAGGAGAAACAGCAGAAAGAGGAGCAGAAGAUGCCUAAAACACCAAGUGAAGAUAAAGCAAUCACAAGCAAGACCAUCUUGGAUAACUUGGAGAGUCCACCUGAGCAACAGAAGAGAAAAUGUGAAAAAGCACAAAAUGGAGAUGGAGGAGACAAGAUGGCCAUGGAGGAGGGCUCUUUGAGAAGCCUUUCUCUUGACAUGUCACCUUCCCCUUCUCCCUCUUUACAGCCAAAAGAGAACCACACCUCCCAGGUUGUUAGCUGGGAAGAAGACAAAGAGAGAAGUGUUGUUGAGGAGCUGAGUCCAGAGGAUAUAAUCAAGAAGAACCGCUGUUAUGAUGAUGAAGAGGAGGAUGACUGUGAGGUUUAGCAGCACCUUACAAUCUUACUGUCACAUUCCUAAAACACGUAACUUCAUUUUCUAAGUUUAUAGAUGAUCAUAAAAUUUGCUUUUCUAACAGGUUUCUAUAUAAAAACAAAUAUCAAUGGUUAAAGUGCAAAUGUCUUGCUUUUUUUUCCCUCGUUUUUAGUUACGUUUUGUAAAAUCUUCUUAAACCUUUGAAUUGAUUUUACUGGAAGAUUGACCUUUUGAUUGAAUAUUUGCUUCUUUGUACCUUAAUCUUUGGAUGACAGGCAGUUUUUUUUUGCCCUUUUCUAUUAUGCAUAGGAGAUAUAAAAAUCUAUAUUAAUGUUUUUGGCUGGAUAUUAGCAAAUUUCCAAACAACUUAGUAAAAUCUUGUCCUCUCAGGAAUGAAAAAAGGGUCCUUUUCUGUGGUUACCCCCACAUGAAAAUGCUUUUGUACUCUCCUGAAACUUACUACUUUUCAAAUGUGCUAAACUUGGAUAUAUUGAAAGUAUUUAAUAUCUGCAUUCUUUAAAAAAAGAUGUUUGCCUGACUGUGUAAAGCAUCAUUGGUUCUUUAUAUAAACAAACACGUCAGUAAAUUGGAACAUCCUGAGGACUCUCUUGUUGUGUAAAUAUACACUCAGCACUGUAAUGCCCAGGUCUAAAGGGAUUACCUGGUGCAUCCUGAAUAUGCCUUUAUAUAUUAUGAAUUCCACUGUGGCAUUAUGUUCACAAAAUCUGCAACCUUUGUAAAGGGAUCUCUAAAAAUGUAAUCAACAUUCCUACAAUGAAUAAGAAACCAAAGUUUCAUUGUGAUAAUUUAUAUCAUCUCCUGGGGCCUUCUGUGUCUGCCAUUUGUAAUACAUUUUGUAAUGUAAUCAGUACUGUAUAUAAAACUCUUUUACUGUAUUUUGUGGUAUUGACUAUAUGUUUGCACAUCAUUUUUGUAGAACCAGUCUAAUGAAAGAAUUAAAAUGCA